CAAAUUCCUUUCCGUUCUUCACUGUCACCGGAAAUGCAACCUCCGAGAUGUAACCCUAGCUCUCAGAGCCACCUUGAAUUUCUGAAACCGCUUCUCAAAGACUCGAUCAAGCAGUUCCUGAUGCAGUAUCGGAGCGGACGAACCCAUUUCUCCGAUUUCGACUCCAUCUUCACUCGUAUUCUUCACGAUCUCCCCGAUCCACCUCUUGAACUCGUCUGGUUCUGCUCCGCCAUCAGAUUCUACUCCUCGAAACUGGAUUUUGAAGACGAUUCCGUUAGGUUAACCGGGAGCUUCUUCCAGUUGCUAGUUUCUUUCUCAGACUCUUUUUCCGGCGCGAAGAGGAUAGCUCUAUUAUCUCCUCUUGUUUACCAGUUGACUCGUUUUGCUAAUACUAGGAGGAGAGACGCUUUGAGCUUGUUAGAAGGGAUUGUAAGCUACAUUAGCAUGUACUGCGUCGAGGAACCAGGAGAUGAAGAUGAUUUGUUGAUGGUCUCAGGGUUUAGUUUUGCUGAUCUGAGUCGAGUUUGGGUUGUGGAUGAAUUGGAAGAGAAUUUUAGAGAGGAGGAUUGUUUAGAGAUCUUUAUGCCAUUUGUUAGCGAGAGAUUGCGUAAAGAGAUGGAUUCUGAGUCCUGUCGGGUUGGUUAUUUAGCUGGAAUCGUAGCUUCUCAGGUUUUCUUGCUCAGUUUAUGCUUAAGAUUUGAUUCGGAGUUAAGUAGAUCCGAGCUAGUAAAAGAUCUGCGGGAAUCUGUGCUUCAGAUGAUUUCUGGGUUCCACACUUGCUACUUUUUUGAUUGUAUUCUCAAGAUGCUGCUGCUGGAGCCAUAUCUGCACCUAGCUUCCCUGCUGGGUCCGGAAGAUCAAGCUACGUUAAAGAAAAUCAUAACUGAAGCUGUGAUUGAAUCGGCGGAGAAGCUAUUCCUCAACCCUGGAAAUGGAACUUCACAAAGAAGUUUACACUUGAAGAAUAUUGCCAUUAACUGGUUAUUUCUGUUUGACCAUGCUAUGGCUUCUCUAAGGAGAAAUAAAGAUGAAGAGGAAACCAGCAGGUACAUGGACAUGUUCUCCAACUCACGUAUUCCUUAUCACUUGAUCAAUUGGAUACUCAGUCAAGGUGAAGUGAUUAGAGAUGCAGACACACUGAUAAACUCGACACCCGCAUCCUUCAUCGAAUGGCUUGUAUUCUUUGAAGAGCAAGGACUAAGGGUUUUCGACUGUGACCAUUCCAAAAACUAUGCCAAAACAGUGAUUCACAGGUCAAGACCAGAUCUCAGUCUCAAAGCUGACAUUGCUGAUGAUCAAGAUGCAGAAAUGGCUGAUGAUCACAUAGUGUCAUCUAUCUCAAAUCUCAGCAGUAGCACAAGAAAGCGUAAAGAAGAGAGGCAUAAUAAGGAGGGAGAAACGAGAGUGAAACUCUUCAAACAUAGACACAUCAACCUUCAAGGGAACUCCAAUUUUCAACCUUUUGUCUUCUCGGAUCGUUUGGUGAAUGGGACUGAGGUUGAAGUUUCAGACAUGGAGCUAUGAGUUUUGAACCACUUGUCAUAGGUGAGAUCGGCCUAAUGAAACCCACAUAUGUUAGAAAUGUAAGAAUGCUGCUGAAGUUAUUGUUGU